GUUUUCUUCAGACGUUGCAUUUCUUUCAUCAAAAUGUAACCACUAAGCUCUCCGCCUCGGAAACAACCUUUCUUGUAUGCUCUGCUGAGUGACGUAGCGGCGUCAUGACGCAGGAAUCAUUUGAACCGGAUCUUUCGAACCGAUUCUUUGAAACGAACAUUUAAAAAAAAAAAAACAGUUCGGAAAAGAGUCGGAUUCCCAAACACCGAACGAGCAUAGCAAGCGACGGACAGAUAUGGUGAAAAGGUGCGUUUUGGGUUGUUAUCCGCACAAAACCUUGUUCCCUUUCCCCAAGCUGCCGUGGUUGCGAGCCCGCUGGCUUGAAUUUUUGCAUUUUGAGGAAGGAGGAAUAUCGGAGAGCUCGCGGUUGUGUGCGAAGCAUUUCGCCCCAGAAUGCUUCACAAACUUACAGCAGUACGAAAUGGGUUUUGCUGACUUUCUUAGCUUGAUAGAUAUGGCUGUUCCGACAAUAUACACCGUUGGUCCGGCACCGAGUGUGAAGCCAGUAACACGCGAGGUAGGCUGCCAAUGUAAUGCUCCGAUUCUAAAGAGCGUUGCGGUCCAAGCAGUACGCACCCAGAAAAAGCCAAAACGGAGAAGUAAAGCCAUUCAAGUGAGACCACUUUUGAGUCAUUGUGCUAGUGUGUCCUGCUCUGAUGAGGAUUUUCCCGUCAAAUCUGAAUCUUCAUUUACAUUAACACCAAUUAAAAGGCCACGCAUGGAGGAUUCCCCUGAGGGGUCGCCAUACAGCUCAGAAGAACCAACAGAUGACAUCCAUGUGCCUAAUAUAAUUAAAGAAGAUGACAUAAAAUACUCCUAAUUUCAGCUCGCUGUGUGUAUAAAAGACUCCUGUCCAUAGAAUCUGUAUCUUCCAUUCCAACCUCUCCACUACCAUGGGCAAGACCAAAGAGCUGUCAAAGGACAUCAGGGACAAGAUUGUAGACCUGCACAAGGCUGUAAUGGGCUACAAGACCAUCAGCAAGAAGCUUGGUGGGAAGGAGACAACUGUUGGUGAAAUUAUUCAGAAAUGUAAAACAACCGUCAGUCAGCCUUGGUCUGGAGCUCCGUGCAAGAUCUUGCCUCAUGGGGUAAGGAUGAUCAUGAGAAAGGUGAGGGAUCAGCCCCGAACUACACGGGAGGAGCUUGUUAAUGUGCAGUUGGGACCACAAUCAACAAGCAAAACAUUGGUAACACUACACCGCAAUGGAUUGAAAUCCUGCAGUGCCCGCAAAGUCCCUCUGCUCAAGAAGUCACAUGUACAGGCCCAUCUGAAGUUUGCCAAUGAACAUCUAAAUAAUUCAGAGAAGGCUUGGGAGAAUGUGCUGUGGUCAGAUGAGACCAAAAUUUAGCUCUUUGGCAUCAACUCGACUCGUCGUGUUUGGAGGAAGAGAAAUGCUGACUAUCACCCCAUGAACACCAUCCCUAUAAUCAAGCGAGGUGGAAACAUAAUGCUUUGGGGCUGUUUUUCUGCUAAGGGUACAGGAUGACUUUACCACAUUGAGGAGCAAAUGGACAGGGCCAUGUACUGUAAAAACUUGGACGAGAACCUCAGCAAGAACACUGAAGAUGGCUCAUGGAUGGGUCUUCCAGCAUGACAGUGACCCGAAACAUACCGCCAAGGCAACAAAGGAGUGGCUCAAGAAGCAGCACAUUAAGGUCAUGGAGUGGCCUAGCCAGUCUCCAGAACUUAAUCCUAUAGAAAAUCUGUGGAGGGAGCUGAAACUUCGAGUUUCCAAGAGACAGCUAAGAAACCUUAAUGAUUUAGAGAGAAUCUGUAAAGAGGAGUGGACCAAAAUCCCUCCUGAGAUGUGUGCAAACCUGGUGACCAGCUACAAGAAACGUCUGACCUCUUUGCUUGCCAACAAGGUUUUCUGCACCAAGUACCAUGUCAAGUUUUAUUUGACUUACUAAAAUGUAAAUAUUUUUUUAACAUUUGUAUGCUGCUUUUUUCAGUUUUUAUUUUAAUUUUUUAUAUUCUGUCUCUAUCAGCUAAAAUAAACCUACCAUAAAGAUUUUUUUUUUAAGUGGGCAAGCUUACAAAAUCAGCAGGGGAUCAAAUAAUUAUUUUAAGCAUUCUUUUGCUGAUAAAAUAUUUAUGUAAAAAAAAGCUGUGUAAGAGAAGUUACACAUAAAAUAACAUACAAAUAGCCAUUUUUACACCGUUUAUUGAAAAAGCAUACACAAGUUCAUAAUCUGUCAGUAAUUCUUAAUCAUCUAAUAUUGUUUAGUAUUUAACACCCCUCUCCACAUCCAAUUUGUUUCAUUCUCCAACUGAAACCAAGAUUGCUCUGUAAUAAUAGUCAGAAUCAAACCCGAAGAGAAAGGCAGUUAUAUUUCCACCAAGACAAAAUCCUUAUCAGUAACCUUGUUCAUUCAGAAGGCCUGGUUUCAAUUCAUCCCUGUAAAACACAAACACAUACCAUGUGCAAACAGUACUCCCACAAACUUGGUCCAUUAAAUAUCAGUUUGACAAUACAAGUGAUAAAACAACUGGUCCUGUACUCCCAAUUACAUUCACUCCAACUCUAAACCUACAGGCAUCUUCCUCUUCACAUUAUAUCCAUUUUCAGAAUAAAGAUUACAAAGACUAAUUUGACAUUUUUGCAGAGAAUGCAUGGUGCAAAUGCAUCGUUCUCCAAGGAUCUGUGCUUUUGUGUUGGAAUAAAAUCAAAUGCUCCAUAGAGCAGAAAAGUGUGAGGGUGGAUGAGAAAGCAUUUGGAAGAAAGGCCUGCUGGUUUAGGGUUUAGAAUUUGACAGUGUCUGAGUAUAUAGAGGCAACAGGGAAUGCUUAAAACAUACAAAACUUGAAGGUAAUACCGCAUAAAAAGAUACCACAAUGUAACGCCAAACUGUGCAAGAAGUUACAGAAGCAUCCGCACCAGAGCAUCUACCCUGCAAUGAGUAGCAAUACAGAAACAACGUUUAAAGACAGUUCACCCAAAAAUGAAAAGCAUCGUGCACUCUCCAUCAUGUUGAUCAAAAACUGUGACGUUUGUUCUUCUGUGAGAAACAAAAAAUAUUUUUUGAUAUUCUGAUUUGAUUUUUUGUCCAUACAAUGGAAGUCAGUGGGGUCCAAUGAUUUUUGGACCUCAAUGUUCUUAACGUUCUACAGAAGAAUGAAAGUCAUACAGGUUUGGAACGACAUGAGGGCAAGUAAAUGACUGAAUUUUCAUUUUAAGAGGCCAUACAAACAACAAUUAAAACAACAAAUAAAUACAGGGAAAAUGAGUGCUAGAACACAGUGACACUGAUUUGAGGCAGAUACACUUUGAAAAGCCAAACAGUCAGACAAGCCAUCCCUGGAUUUACGUACCUUCUCAGAAUGUCUGCUGCCAAAUGGUUAAAACCAUACACUGCAAGCAGACUGUACCAACUGUAUUGUAAUUCUCUCAUAACACUGCUGACCAGUGUUAUUCUGUAACAUUUAUCAGCACAAUUUCCUCACAGCUGACACGCACAAAACUUUCUGCAGCAGCUACACUCACAAACGUGCUUUGGAACCAACAGAGUGACCUUGAACGUUCGCCCAAGUCAGUGUGUUCAAUCACAUGCAUAUGGUUAAAGGUACUUAUGUCAGAGGAACAACAUCAGUAUGUUAUUUGAAUUGCUUUGUUCAGUUUAAAGGCUGGAUAGAUGCAAGGAGAUGUAGUGUGUUGUAUAUCCACUGGAGAAUCACAUUCUUUAAGCAUGGCAAAGCAGCCGCAGAAGAGAAUUAUGAAUGUGCACAAAAAAACCUUGACAGACUGAAAAUAUUAUGUUUUACCCUUUGACACAGGGUAGCAAAAAUCUUUCUAGUGCUGUCCAGAGGCUUUUCUCGUGUAUGUCUACCCCCUAAUCAUAGGUCGAGUUAGUCUUCAUGCCCUCACUUUCUGAUCCAUGUUCAGGUAAAUGAGGUGGGGUCAUGAGAAUGAGAGAGGCCUCAAGUCUAAAUUGAUUUGAAUUCAAACUGGAAUACCAAGCCGGUGCUUCUUUUUCUUAACAGGCUUGAGCCCUGUGAGUCUUCGUACAUCGUCGUCACCAUCUGAAUCCUCCAUUUCGUCAUCUGCAGAGAACAGAAUCUGACCAGCACAGAAGGAAGAGGGCAAAGAAAGACGGUGUUCAACUAAUCUUUUUUUUUUUUAAACAAACAGGUGAUAACUGAAAACAUGUCAUCCUAAAAGUGGAAUACACCUCUUAAACCUAAAUAAGGUAAUAUUCUCCAUUACAUUCUGACUGAGCUGCUCAUCCCUUUACAAGUGAGAAAGAUGGACUAUGAUCACUUGACUAAAACAUCUGACAUGUCAACGAAUUAGUAUUUGACACCGAUAUCGUGUGGAUGGAAAUGCUACACUCGAGAUGACUGAACUCACUGUUCCCUCCUCAAAUGACUUGCCUUGUCUCAAAUCUAGCACUAGCACAGGAUAUACAUGUAUUCAUGAGAUGUUAUUGGGUCAAACAUCAUAUAAAUACAGAAAUAUUAGUAGCAUGUUAGCAAACCACAUACACUGUGUUCUAUUCAUCCUAAAAAAAAACUGUCUUCCACUGAAAAUCAAGUUUGACCAGAGUUCAUUACUGGAUGUUUUGUUAAACAGAACAGUCUGUGCAGCCUUUUCUUUAAGGCAUACCUGCUUUGUAAAAUAAUAAACUCACUGACUUAUCAUGGUUAUACACACUUCAGGUCUGAAGUGUUGGGAAAUAUUAAGGAGCUGUCAUGCACAUGUAAUGGUCAUGCAUUUGUACUAAGGAAAAAGGGGGAUGUCCCAUCUAGGACCUGGGUAGAGGGAUGGUUUUGAAUUUAACACUGUAGGUCAAAGGAAAGCCCAAAAUAUGAAUUCUGCCAUUUAAAGAUGUUCAAGGAGCAGCAAGAGUGUCUUGCCAAAGCAAGUCUGUUUGGAUUCAGAUCUCAAAUGUUUAGACUUUGUUGAUUGUUUUGAUAAGUGUUUUAUACAUUCCAUAAACUAAUAAAUGUUAUUUAUGUAAUCAUUUAUGUCAUCAGUUAUGAUUUUGUUUAAUGGAAAUAGGUUUUAUUCUGUGGUUUAAACAUGCAAAUCAUUUCAUUUCCAAUAAAAAUGUUAACAUUACAA